AAUCAAUAGAACGACGACCCAUCUAAUAUAAUUUCGAAGUUGUUUCUCUUCUCCUUCGACCUUGAAUAUUUUGACAACUUCGUCACUGAACCCUGGAUCCCGAUCCUCGCCUUUCGACUUUCCAGCAAGCGACGACAUCAGGAUGGCGAACAAUGGCGUGUUAAAGCAGAGGAGUGCAAAUGGAGAAUUGAAAGAGAAGGACCUGUUGCAAAGGCAGGUCGAUGGAUUGUCGACCGAUCGAUCAUCAUCUGGGAGUGCGCAGACAACCUCGCAACUUUUGGUUUGCGUAGGAGGAAUCUACGCAAGUUUCCUAGCAUGGGGUUUCCUGCAGGAACGCAUCACGACGUCCGUGUAUGGAAGUUCUCUGGCUCCGGAAAAGUUCAACUCUCCGGUCUUCAUCAACACAGUGCAAUCGACUUUUGCGGCACUACUUGGAUAUCUCUACGUUCUGUUCACCCGCAAAACGUCGAAUGACCUGCCUAUCUUCCCUACCAGCAACAUUGUUUUCCCCAUGUUCAUGGUAGCGGUCACGUCUUCUCUGGCCUCUCCUUUUGGCUACGCUUCUCUCAAGCACGUCGACUACAUCACCUUCAUCCUGGCCAAAUCAUGCAAGCUUCUCCCUGUUAUGGCUUUGCACGUUACUCUCUUCCGCCGCAAGUACCCUCUUUACAAGUACUGCGUCGUGGCACUUGUGACAGCUGGUGUAGCUGUUUUCACUCUGCACCAUCCCACCUCUUCCAAGAAGAAGGGUGCCGAUGGUAGCAGUGCAUGGGGACUUCUGCUUCUCGGCAUCAACCUACUUUUCGACGGUCUAACCAACUCGACUCAGGACCAUAUUUACAAAUCAUACAGACCUUACACUGGACAGCAGAUGAUGUGCGCACUCAACCUCAUCAGUACUUUGUUGACUUCGGUUUAUCUGUUGAUCUCGCCUUACAUCGCCACAACACCCGUCGGAGCAUACCUUGGCAUGAGUGCCAGUUCUGGAGGCGAGCUGAGUUAUGCCAUUAACUUCAUCUCAAGACACCCUAGUGUCGGAUGGGACAUCUUCGCUUUCGCAGCUUGUGGUGCUCUGGGUCAAAUGUUCAUUUUCUACACUCUGUCGACAUUCGGAUCACUUCUUUUGGUUACCGUCACUGUAACCAGAAAGAUGCUUACCAUGAUAUUGUCAGUGGUUUGGUUCGGUCACCGUCUCACUUCGAUGCAGUGGGUUGGUGUUGGUCUUGUAUUUGGAGGUGUCUUUGUCGAGGCACAGCUCUCGAAGCAAGAAAAACUUGCCAAGGACAGAGCAAAAAAGGAGCAGGUCAAGUCGUCUUAGAUCGACCAAACUACAGAUAUUGCAUAGAAAGAAAUUGGACACAUAGAAGGUAUUGCGGGCAACUCCUUAGAAGCGUAUUCAAAAUAUCAUAUUUCAGAUAGACUUAAAGCAUCGGGUACAGAUGCUUCCGAGC